AGAUAAAAAUGCACAUUUUUCUUUAUUCUUUAAACGGAUCAAUAUUUUUUUAAAUUAUCGAUCUAGUUUAUUAUUUUUUUUUAUUAUUUUUUCUUCAAAAAAAAAAUUUAAAAAAAAAAUGAUUCUACAAUAAAAAUAAAUCCCCAUAGUAACUAAAUAUGAAUCAUGACUACUAGACAAUUAUGUCAAUCAUUACCAGAAUCUUAUCAAAUUAAUAGUAUAAAAAUUAUAUAUUUAACAUGUGCUACAAUUAUGACAACAACAUUUAUAAUAGAAUGUAUAUUAAUUCAUUUAGUAGUACAACCCUAUUUUCAUGAAUCAGCAUUUACUCAUACAAAUUGUACAUUUGUUCAUGCAUAUUAUGUAAGAAAAGAUGUAAAAUGUGAAAAUAAAUGUUCAAAAGAUCGAUCAAAAUUUCCAUGUUUAAAAGUAAUUGUACAAUAUUUAAAUGGUAAUAAAAAUCAUACAGUUAUAUUAUUUGAUAAUAUAGCAACAUAUAAUCAUUAUAAAUUUCUUGGAUGUGCUACAAGUGCAUGUCAUCAUCGUGAUAUGGAUAAUACUGAAUGGGUUGAAAAAUUUCAACAACGUAUUAAACAUCAACAUUAUUUUCAAUGUUAUAUUCAUACAAUACAUGAAGAUGAAGCAUUAUUAUAUAAAUUUUAUACAUUUACAUCUGUAUUUCAUUCAAUUUUUUGGCCAAUUAUAUUAUUUUUAUUAUCAUUUAUAUGUUUAUAUAUUAUUUAUAUAUUUGAUAAAUGUCAUGUAUGGACUGGUGAUCAAGAUGUGAUUGUUUAAAUAUACACUUUAAUGAUUGGUUGAAAUAUUCUUUUCUUUUUUUUAUCUUUUUUUUCCUUUUUUCUUUUUUUCCUUUUCCGCUUUUUCUUUUUUAUUCCUGCUUUUGCUUUCUCUUUUUUAUUUUUGCUUUUUUUAUUUCUCGCUUUUUCACUUUUUCUUUUUUCGCGUUUUCUUUUUUGCACUUUUCCCUUUUCAUUUUUGCCUUUUUUUACUUUUUCUCUUUUUUUCCUUUUUCUUUUCCUUUUUCUUUUCUUUUUUCUUUUUUCGUUGUUGUCGAUAAAAUGCAUACAAAAAAAAGAAACAUAAUAUGACAUGAGAUAGGACUAUCAUUUCAAGGCACAUAUUAUUUGAUAAAUAUCAUUUAAGGACUGGUGAUCAAGAUGUGAUUGUGUAAAUAUAAUUCAAUGAUUGGUUAAAAUUUUCUUUUCUUUUUUCUUUCUUUUUCUUUUCUUUCUUUUUCCCUUUUUUGUUGUUGUUG